UGGGAGUGGCCAACAGUGGUGCUAGGUUUUAAAUCCACACGUGGUCCGGGUCUUGGGCUUGUUUAGCACCCAUACAUAACUAGAAACUUCUGACCAUCUCAUGCCAGCGAGUUGCCCACGUCUAUCGCGGCAGGGGCAGACGGGAUCGGACGAAGGUUUUGAUAGCUCAGCAAAAUGCCAUCUUAUCCCCUGAACCAGUUUGCUGAGCUGGAAGAAAUGAUGUGCAAGCAUUUACUGAAUCUCAAUCUGAGGGAGCCGAACAGAACAGUGCCAUCCCUAAGUCUGGCCAUGAGAACACCAGGUUACAUCGGCGAGCCAUGUCGAAACACUUCAUUUUCCCUCUCCUCCCUGUCUUGCCUGCCCACUAAUGCUUCGGACAGUGCACUUCUGACCUCCAACCAACGGGGACAGCAAUCAGAGAGUGAUCUACUUUCCCAGCUUGGUAAUUCCACGCAGUGGGAGAAGCCAGGCUUCUUUUCCCAGCGCUCUCUCAGCAUGGUAGAGACCAGUGGUGCAACAAGAGCAAGUCUAGGCUGGCCUGUGACAGGCACAAAAUCCUCCCAAAGUGACAUCAGCUCCGCCACACUGAACACCAGUUCCUCCUCGUCUGUGUCUGCCUCCUCUUCGUCGUCGCGCUAUAAAACCGAACUGUGUCGGUCUUUCACCGAGAACGGCUUGUGCAAGUAUGGGGGGAAGUGCCAGUUUGCCCAUGGACCAGAAGAGCUACGUGAUCUAAACAGACAUCCAAAAUAUAAAACUGAGCUGUGCCGUACGUUUCAUACCAUCGGCUUCUGCCCCUAUGGGAUCCGCUGUCACUUUGUUCACAACAGCGAGGAAGAAAAACUUUCAUUCUCUCGUUCUUCCUCCUCAAGCCUUCCUCAGCAGCUGCCCUCCACCUCCUCCUCCCGCUCCCAUCGGCCACGUCUUAUCCGGCAGAGUUUCAGCUUCUCUGGGUUUCCCUCAGCUCCCCACCAGGCCUUUCAGUCUGCCCUCACUCCUCAUGUUUCUCUUGCCACCACCUCAUUCACAUGCCCACCAACGGCCUCUUCUCCUUCCUGCGCAGACAUUACUGAUCUUCUCUCCCAUGCCUUUCUAGAAAUGGACUCUGCCUUUGAGGCCUCCCCCGCUCAGCAGCACCAUCCUCCCGUGGGUCCCGAUCCCAGGUCUCCAUUCAUGCCCUCCCCUGACUCCGGCUAUUCUCCGAGUGGGUUAUCUCCAACGAGCUCCCCUUCUUUACAGCAGAGUCCCAGUGCUGCGGGGGUCCUUUCAGGGCCACUUGGUGUUAGAUCCCUGUCCCACACUUCUCUCUCAGACCAGGACCAGGAUGGGAUCAGCUCUGCUGGUUCACUGAGCGGCUCCGAAUCAUCUGGUGGCAUUAACGAAGCUAACGGCAAACGUCUGUUAGUUUUCAGUCAGCUCUCUCUUCCUGAGGAUGCCACUGGGUUCUGCCUUUAAGCUGCAGAUUGCUGGAACAUGUGUACAUGAGUAUCCAUAUGCAGAAUAUCCACUGCGCACGUAGCCAUACUUAAGAACACAGACCCUUAAACGCACACUCCCCGCUCACACACUGACUGACAACUAAGACAUUUUUAGCAUUCUGUGUGAAAAAACGACUGGGUGACCUAACACGCUGUCACACUGCACGCCACUGUCAUUUGCACAAGGCACAGUGAUGCUAAAACUCCAGUUUGUAUGUGGCGGAUUCACCAAAACGGUAUAUCUAAAAAACAGAUGUUUUAAUGGUGUCCUUAAAAACCUUUUGAAGCUUUAUCAAAAUGAUAUGCUAGGAUGGCAAAGUCCAACAAAGAAUUUUGUAAUCACAGUGUGAAUUUAAUUUCCUCCUGUCAGCAUACUGCGACAGAUCUAAAGAAUGUGAGAAAGCCAAAGACAUCUGUUUGUUGCUCGUUCGUUUCAGUAGGACAAACACGAUGUGACGGUAUGUUUAGGAGUUCUUCCAUCUAAUGUACACUGUAUUGUUUAUGUAAUGUUUAUAAGCUCGUGAAGUAGUGUUUUUGUUUUUCGCCCUUCCCUCUUGUGGUUGUACCAUCUGGGGGCUGUGUUUAGAUCGCUGGCCUCGAAUCUGAAUGUUACGUUUUUAAACAAUGUAUACCUGUAGUGUUAUUUACCAGGUCUUGUUACGUUGUUGAACCAAGAUUUGCUGCUGUGUUUGGAGAGAUGCGAGCAUGGGGUGAGAGUCUUCUUUUAUAUCAGGAGAGUAAGCUAGUGUGAGUGGAGGCGUUGCGUUUCUGCGGCUACUGCAGAUGCUUUUUGGGUUCUUGUGCAUUAUUGACAAACCUCAAGCAGUCAAGUGUCAAUUUGCCAAAUUUAAACCACUCUGCAGCAGAGUGAAAAGUGACUCAGUCAGGAGAGCUUGGGUGCAUAUGGGUUCAUAUUGCACGGUUGGGAAAGCACAAGGUACCAGGCGCUGAAUAUCCAUGCCGGGAGCUAGCCAAUUAGUUCGAUAUGAAAUGAUGAGGUCAGAGCUUGAAGCCAGGUGACUAUUUUCUGAGAAGUUGUCGUUUGUGGUGCUGAAGUGUUCGGGGUUUUCUUUGUUGUUUUUGUUUGUUUGUUUUUUAUCUCAAACACAAACAUUCCCAGUAAGUUUUUGUAAAGUGAGACUCUCACUCCGUCACUCCAUCUCUCUGUUAUUCAGUAUUAAUCUUUUUUUUUCUCUUUUCUGUUGAUGCCUUUGUUGUUAAGACUGAAAAGUAUCCUGGUCACAUGCAUGCGUAAUAUGCUCCCAGGUCUUUUUUUCUUUUUUCUUUUUUUUUUCUUUUUUUGCCUUACGAAGCUAGAGUCAGCCUACUGUAGGGUUAGAGGUAUGUGUGCUUAGUGUUUUAGAAAAUGUUACUUGGCUGUUUGUUUUGUUUUUUUCUGUGUUAAUGAUGUAGUUGGUCUAUUUAAAAACAAAAACUUUUUCAUCAGCGUGUUUAAGGCCUGUUUAGUGGUAAAGAUGAUCUUUAGUAAAUUAAUUUCUUUAAUUUAUUUUUAACAUAUUUAUAGAGGACUUUUGAGUUGUUAAUGCUUGCAUCAAGUUUAAUAUAUUUUGCUUUUUUGUACUGGAAAUAAAGGAGUUUGUUUUUUGUUUUGUUUUUUUUAACUGUCUUUCUUUGACUUCUGUUUGCCACCUGCAGGUAAAAAGUGAAGAUUUUAACAUUUGAUGUGCAAACUGCUUUUAUUGAAUAAUGCAGAUGUUUAA